AUGCACGUCGAUGCUGUCACCUUUCCGAAGUUGACGAUGGACUAUUCCAACAUCGCCGAGGUGCAGCAGUCAGACGAAGAACUUCGGAAACUGCGAGGUUCUGCCACCACUCUUACUCUCGAAGAGGUGCCUCUGCCCGGAUCGCUCCUCAAAUUUACGAGGUGGCCAGAAGCAAUUCCCAUCGCCGAUUCUACCGCCGAGACCGUUGCCGAAGCCUUUUUGCACGGCUGGAUAGCCCGUUUUGGUGUGCCGGCUACCCUUACCACAGAUCGCGGCCGCCAGUUUGAAGCCAGGCUAUUCACCCAGCUCUUGGAGACCCUCGGCACACAUCGGAUACGAACCACCUCAUACCACCCCCAAGUAAACGGGCUCGUUGAGCGUUUUCACCGACACCUUAAGGCCUCCCUUUCCUGCACGCGUGAGCGUAACCAGUGGUUCGCCGCUCUUCCUACAGUGCUGCUCGGUAUUCGGACGGCGCUCAAGCAAGACAUCGGCGCCUCCAGCGCAGAACUCGUCUACGGGACGUCACUGCGUUUGCCGUCAGAAUUCUUCCAUCCUGUGUGUCCCGAAGCAGACGAGCCGUCGUCAUUCCUUCGCCAACUCCGUUUGACAAUGUCCAAGCUCUGCCCUUCCCCUACCCGACGACGCCUUCGUAGCCAUCCCUCCAUCAGCCCCGAGCUUGAAAGCUGUACACAUGUUUUUGUUCGCCGGGAUGCCGUUCGUAAGCCUCUUCAGCCUCAUUUCGACGGCCCCUUUCAAGUUCUCCACCGAUACGCCAAGUUCUACCGUGUACAGCUUAAUGGCCGCGAGGACAACAUUUCCAUCGAUAGGCUGCAGCCCGCUCACGUAGACCCCUCAUCUCUGGCGCAUUUCACCCCGCUGGAAGUUUCUUCCGACUCUUUGAACGAGCCUUCCGCACAGCAUGACGAUCGAGCCGCCCUCUCAGCCGCAUCUCGACCUUUUCCCGUGCACUCAGCUUCCAGCAACAGAGGACAAUCCCAGCAGUUAGGGACCCAGAAGGGCCCUAACAGCCUCAACUAUGCCAGGAUCCGACCGGACCUCCUUGCAGAUGCUACAGCAUGCGUCUCCGCACGCAGCGCACGUAGCAGUCACUAUUUCGGUCACCAGUACCUGGUGCUCGCGUUGUAG